AUGAAAACUUUUGGUUUAAGAAUUGGACAAAUGUGGAAUAGUGGAGAUUAUAAUGGUGCCUUCAAGUAUACAAUUAAAUGUCUAGAUGAUAGUGUCUCUAUUCAAUUUGAUACUAUCCAAAGUAAAUAUUAUUUCAAAAUAUUCCUUCAAACAGUUGACAUAGUAGAAUCAAAGGCAAAAAAGGUAGAACUCCUCUUGGGUGUAUCUAAAUGCCUUCGUCUUUUUACAGUAUCGAUAGAACUAGCAUUAUCUACAUCGGAUCAAUCAACAAAAAAUGAAGAAGAAUUGGUUGAAAAAUUAAAACAAUGGUACCGUGAAUUAAUCGAGCCAAUAGAUGAGUAUUUACCAUCUACCACAAGUGACAAAACGUUGGUAUUUGUGCCCAAUGAAAACUUGGCUAACGUCCCAUUCUCUGCUUUGAUCAAUAACAAGGACGAGUAUCUUGUAGAAAGAUAUGCAGUAUCAACCACCCCCUCGUUAUCAUUAUUAAAUACCCUAUCUAAAUUACAACAUUCAAAUAACAAUAGAGAUAAUAAUAAUAAUAAUAAUAAUAAUAAUAAUAAUAAUAAUAAUAAUAAUAAUUGUAAUAAUGUAUUGAAUGUAUUAUUAGUUGGUAAUCCAAUUGGAAGUGGAUUAAAAUGUACAGAGAAAGAGGUAGAAAAUUACAUCAUUCAACUUGCCAAUGGAAUCCAAUCUGAUACAGUAUUUCUAAGUUGUUGUCACUCUGGCAAAGGAAAUAACAAACAACAAGGUCUCAUUGGAUUGGUUUGGUCGUUUCAUUGUGCAGGUGCUCUGUCGGUUGUAGCCAGUCAUUGGGAGCUACCAGACAACGAUCUAACAGUGGAUAGGGUAGAACGUUUCUACCACUGCUUGAUCAACAAGAAAUUAAACAAAGCACAAUCACUCAGAGAAGCACAAUUACUUGCAAUCAAAAAGGAUCAAGACCCUCGAUUUUGGGCACCUUUGUUUUUAUCUGGUUUAUAUUAA